CCUCUGCCGCUACCGAUCCCCUUGCAUAUCUUCUAAAAAUAUAUUUACUCCGUUGGCUUUUGAGGAAAGAGGCAACCAAAGGCUGUUGCUUAACUUCUUUCACUUCAUCCACUUCUUCCAGAUUGCAGCUACGUUUUCAACUGCUCCUAGUUUUUUCAACCUUGGUGACAAUCCUAACACAAAAGAAACUAUGGCAUACGCUGCAAUGAAGCCGACCAAGCCUGGUUUGGAGGAGCCCCAAGAACAGAUACACAAGAUCAGAAUCACUCUCUCCUCCAAGAAUGUGAAAAACCUUGAGAAAGUUUGUGCUGAUCUGGUUCGUGGUGCCAAGGAUAAGAGACUGAGGGUUAAGGGACCUGUGAGAAUGCCUACCAAGGUUCUUCACAUUACCACAAGGAAGUCUCCAUGUGGUGAAGGAACAAACACAUGGGAUCGGUUUGAGCUCCGUGUUCAUAAGCGAGUUAUUGACCUCUUCAGUUCUCCUGAUGUGGUGAAGCAGAUAACAUCGAUUACCAUUGAACCUGGUGUGGAGGUGGAGGUCACCAUUGCAGAUUCUUAAAUAUGGAGUCACUUCUGCCCUGUUUGCUUAGAAUGAUUUGUAGGGUUCCUUAGCUUGUAUUUUUCCCAUACUAGUGUUGAAGUGAGUCUUCGGCUCCAGGUUUUGUUUCCUUUUUGUUAUUCGAAGAUUAUGUUUGGAUUUUUUAAAUUUAUUUGAAAUCAAAUGUCAAGAAACGAGUUUUGUGGUAUUUAAGGACAUGAAGGAGACUAAUAUAAUUUUUGUUGCAUUUUUCUUUAA